AUGGAAGAUGAUGGCACUGGAGUCAUUAGUCUGCUGCGAGGCUGUCCACAGGGUGUUGUUGGAGCGUAUGGAGGCCAUGGAGAAGCAGAUAGCGAGUCUGACCGGGCUGCUGCAGAGAGUUCUGAGCAGAGCGCCGGAGGCCGAAAGCCCGGAGAUGACCAACCCACACUAGCAGCCGAAGGAUCGUCCCGGGAGGAGGUUUCGCCGUUAAGAAAGGCAGUUUGCCUUGCCCCUGUCAGCCAAGUGCUGCUCAUGGUUGGGAUAACUGCUGGCCUGCUGGAGAACCAGGACUCAGUCUUGUCUCUGCUGAGGCAGACGGAGUCGGAGCUGAGCCUCAUGAUGCUGGAUGCCAUGCGCACACAGGAGGACCCGCUCCAGAGACAGCGCCUCCUGGUGGAGGAGGAGAGACUCAAGUACCUCAACCAGGAGGAGCUGCUCAUUCAGCAGCUGCAUGAUCUGGAGAAGUCGGUGGAGGAGCUGCAGAGGAACUCAUCAGUCAACCACGGCCUGGUGACCGAGCAGGAUGUGGAGCAGAAGAGCAAAGAGCUGAGGAUGCUGGGAGAGACGCUCACUGAGCUCAAAAACCAGUUCCCCAGCCUGCAGAGUAAGAUGCGAGUGGUUCUGAGGGUGGAGGUGGAGGCUGUUAAGUUCCUGAAAGAAGAGCCGCACCGCCUGGACGCCCUCCUGAAGCGCUGCAACACCAUGACUGAUGCGCUCAGCACGCUCCGCAGGUACACAUAUCAAACACUCCUCAGAUAAUGCCUUACUUUCUUAUUAAACCAGGUCAGCUCACAUUUUAUCCUCUUGUAGACGCUGUUAUUGUGAUUUUCUGUUGUUGUAUUCAACACUGCUUGCACCAAAACCUCUUAAACACUGAAUAACACAGCUGGGGGCUGUUCAAAAUGUACUAGUUUAUCCGAAGUCAUGAUUCCUUACAGUGAGAAAUAUUUUUUUACACUAUAAAAAAGAUAUGCACACAUUCACAUAUUUACACUUUUAUCUGCAUACACUCAAAUAGACAUGGAGUUAAAGUAAACAAAAGCUUGUGCAAGAGAAGAAGCUCUCCUAAAGACUAACAGAAUUACAGUAAAUAAAGAUAAUGAAGGAUAAAGAUGUUUCUCUACAUUUUACUUUGUCUUUCAUCUAAAGUAAAUAUCCUCAUGUUUAAGAUUUGUCUGGAAAAGGUUUUUUUGGUAAUGUUCAAAGUCAGAUAAAAUAAUUUCUGACUUAUUAACGUAACAUCAAAUACUAAAUAAUCAUCUGUCAGUCCUGAAGGGAGAGUGUGCUGUCUGAGUACAUCAGAGGAGGGUUGAUAGUGAGAUGUUCUGGUCAGAGAGAGCUCAUCAGACAGCAUCAUUUCAUCAAAGCUUUCAUCAAAGCUUGUUAACAAGGUUGUUGAGAAUCCACUUUAUGUUGCCCUCUGUGUCUGUUCUGGUGCAGACACCAUAUCAUAGAGUGUAUAAAGAGAGAUAAAAUGAAUGCAACAAGAACCGUGUUUUAAUCUAACACUCUCAAACAAGCAGUUCAGCCUCAAUCAAAUCUAAAUCAGGAGCUCUCUGAUGGAAGAAGCGUAUAUUAUGGGUACAUUUCUUUGAGAACAAACACACAGCGAGGGCCCCACUUCCGUUCAAGCUCAUUCCAAUUAAAUCACAUCACACAGUCCUUCACCAGUCUGCUUUACUCACCUAAUGUUUGAGCCAUCUCACCUUCAGGCUGGUGUCUGAGGAUGUUUCUGGUUUCCUUAUAUACAGUCGAUUAUCACUGACUGUAUGUGAGGAAACCUGAUGAAGGAAAGAUGGAUGAAAACAUUUGGUUGGACUGGUGAAAACUUUUGACAUUUUGAGGAUUUCUUGGCACUUGACAAUCAUGGAUACUCGAUGUUAUGGACACAUUUCAGUCCGAACUGAAACAACCAUUGUAGAAAAAACAUUUGUGACCACAUGUAUAUGUCGUGGUUUUGGAACAUUUUUGUGGUGUAAUGUGUGAAGCCCAUGUAAAUUCCCAUGUGAAACAUGAAAAGUAACAGACAUUGAAACAAAAAAUAGAUAAUUAAAUGAUAAUAAGUUAAACAACAAUCGAUAAGAACUUGAACAAGGACUCUCCCACAACCCCAAACCACAAACACUAUAUCUCUGUGAUAGUGUCAUCUGUACAAAAUUAAUGAGAAAAAAACACUAACAAAGUACUGAGUAUACUAAACUAAAACUUAAGGUAAGAAAAUAUAUAAUAAUAAUAUAAUAAUAAAUAUUAAAGUAAUAACAACUUCCCAAAAUGCGGCAGUUUGCUCUGUUGGUGAUGUUUUGAUGUCACAUUUUAAAAAGACUAAAUAAUAAAAAAUAAAAAGAAGUGAAAACACUCGGGUGGCUGCUGAGUUCCUUCUCCUCAUCUCCUGUCAUCACUCUACUGUUGAAUCUCUAAUUAAGGCUUAAAAUGUUUUUAAAAAUCUCUAAUAAGAUAAAAUAAUAUGUUGUUUGAUUUGACAAAGCAUCAUUUUUGUGCAUUUAAUCUCCUUUUUCCUGUAGUUUCCAGAUUGCCACUCUAACACAGUCCAGGACCUUCAUGGUGUCCUGUGUGUAUUGUAGUCUCUUGUAUCCCUCCUAUAUGUAC